AGUGCACCAGAGGUUUUAGUGGGUUCUUUAGCGGAUCAUCGCCCCGCUGUGUAAGGUAUAAUUACCGUUCGACAAAAGCCGGACAUUUGCCUUCCCAGGUACACCGUACAUACAACGUACUCCGUACAACCCCUUUUCCACUCGUCCUGUGUGACGCACAGCGUGCGUUUGGCGGAACCACCGGUACCUUGAGGUACCCACUCCAUACAAACUACUCAGUACGGAUACUUCGGACACCACCAAAAGGCAAGCUAAGCGGUGGGCGACCUACCGCCACGGCAACGAUCGCAUCAUGUCGUCCACCCUUACCGAGACAACAUCACCACCACCAGCACCACCACCACCACCACCAUCAACAACAACAUCAACAACAACAAAAAAUCUUCUUCCCCCCGGCAGGAUUAGAUCGCAACUCGCUCAACCACCACGGCAACUCCGCAAGGUGUCCAGUUUCUCAAAUAUCAACGUCGCGUCCCACGCUGCAUCCUCCCCCAAUCUCAACUCGCUCUACAGCGCCCACGCGCGACUCGCCCCCCCACCUCCGCCGAGUGCUCUGGCGCGGAAAGGGUCCCUCGCCGCGCUCACUCAAUCGUCCCUCGCCGCAAUCCCCGAUGUCAGUGAAACCUACGGCAUCGAAAGCGUCCUGACCGAGUCGCCAUCGCCAGAGAAGUCGAAAAUGGUGCCGACUACCCCUGGACGGAGUCCUGGCCCCGGCCUGGGAGAAGAUUUGGCCGUCGGGGAUGCUGUCGACGUGCCCGGCAACAUGCACGGUACUGUCCGCUUCGUCGGUUCAGUUCACGGAAAGAAGGGCGUGUUUGCCGGUAUCGAGUUGCAUCCUGACUUUGCUGUACGGGGGAAGAACUCGGGUGAUGUGGAUGGCAUGUCCUACUUCACAACAAACAUUCCUGGUGCCGGUAUCUUCGUGCCCGUGGCCAAAGCUCUCCGGAGAGACUCCCCUCCAAACUCGGUGUCCACAACAUACCCUCUCACCCCGACAACAACUUCCUUCGGAGGGCUCAGGGUUGGAACACAGAACUCGACAAAUCAUGCACCACCCACGCCGUCUCUCCCCAAAUUCAGCCAGUCCGUUGGUCCCGGGACAGGUCCUCCAAGAGCACCCAGCCCUCAGACGAAACGUUCUAGACCGUCUCUACCGCGGCCUGAAUCGCCCAUUCGAAGAUUGGCCAUGACACCUGGGCCCCGUCCCUCUCUGGGCGCCACGCCAGCAUCCAAGGUGCCGUCUAGGUAUGGCACGCCGCCUCCGAACCGGUUCGCGCAAAGCGUGCGUGGAACUGCAGGUGAUCCGAGUAAGAGGACGCUGGAGCGGCAGCCGAGCAUUGGCCCUCGCAGCGCGUCAGCGCUCGGACAGGCUUCGAACUUUGGUGAUGAGGAGUUCGGGUCCACGACGACCAUGCAGCCACCGCCUAAGACGAAUGGGAGCGUCGGGUCGAUUUCCUCGUUCAACUCCAGGUUCAGGCCGGCGUCACGCGCCAACAACGAUGAAGAAAUGGAGCGACUGCGAGCACAGCUUGAGGACCGCGACAGGCAACUCAGGGAGCAGUCGGCCACGCUGAGCGAGAUGGAAAGCAGUCUGACCGAGCUCCAGACGUUGAUGGAGAAUCCCGAGGCGCUGGUACUGCGACCGCGGCGAAACAGCCUGGACGACAAGGAUUCGAUGCAGCUCCGCGCCAUUCUCCGGGAGAAGAACGAAAAGAUCGCGAUGCUCACGGCCGAAUUUGACGCACACCGGGCCGAUUUCCGUAGCACCAUCGAUACUCUGGAGAUGGCUAGUACCGAGACGGAGCGGGUGUACGAGAAGCGAAUCGAAGAGCUCCAGCAGGAGAUCCGGGAACUAGAGUCGAGGACCGAGGACGUGGACUCUGUGGCCCGCCAGCUUAAGCAGCUGGAAGAACUCGUCCAAGAACUGGAGGAAGGCCUGGAAGACGCACGGCGCGGCGAGGCGGAGGCCAGGGGCGAGGUCGAGUUUCUACGCGGCGAAGUCGAACGCACCCGGGCCGAGCUGCGGCGGGAACGCGAAAAGGCGUCGGGCGGCGGUGGCGGCGGGGCAGGUGGUCAAAAGGAUGGGCAGGAGGGAAUGGUGAGCUCGAAGAAGGAGCUGGAGCAGAAAGAGGACGAGAUUCGCGGCCUCAAAGCCAUCAUCCACUCGCUCAGCCGUGACUCGGUUCCCGGCGGUGGUGGCGAAACGGUGGUGGAGAGGUCGCACCCGCCCCGCAGCAGUUCCUUCGUCAAGACGCACUCGGCGAGCGACUCGAUGGAUGCGCAGGCGAUCCGGGACAAGAUGGAGAGGGAGAUGUCGGAGCUGCGGGCCAUGCUCGACGACAAGAGCCACCGAGAGGAGGAACUGGAGCGGGAACUCGAGGUGCUCCGCCGGACGUCGAUGCAGCCCAAGGCCGGCGCGCAACGGUCGUCUCUGCGGGAUUCCCGGGACACAGUGGUCCUCGCUCGCAACCGCGACGCCCGGUCGUCUCCCGAGGUGCUCAAGCGGGCCUCGCGACCGUUGGAUCCGAUGGCGGAGAGCGACGCCUACUCGACGGCGACGGAGAAUAGCACGCUCUGGUGCGAGAUUUGCGAGACGGCGGGCCACGACGUGCUGUCGUGCACGCAGAUGUUUGGCGACGGGGCCAAGAGCAACAACAACAACAACACCAACAACGAGAAGGAGAAGGAGAACGACAACGAUAACGACGGUGUGACGGCCGCCACGACGAGAAGGGCCGGCACGAUUGGCCCGUUUGGCAAGGGAGGUCAGGAUCCGUUCUCUCGGCAGCACGACGUCAAGCCGGCGCCUCUCUCGCCGGCCAAGACCAAGACGCCGUUGGCGACGCCCCGGGCAUCGGCGGCGCCCAACCCGCUCGAUUCGGGGCCGGUGGCCGGUAAGGCCAGCGGCGUGGUGGACGACUCGAAAUGGUGCGCGCUGUGCGAGCGAGAUGGCCACGACAGUGUCGAUUGCCCUUUUGAAGACGCUUUCUAGACGUUGCACUACUUUUGUGUUGUUUUUAUUUUAUUUUAUUCUUUUUUUCUUUCCACCCCUACGCGUUCCAUCACAGACGUACAU